UAUAUAUAUAAAAAAUCUGAUGUACUUGAUUGAUUGAAUUGGCAAUUAAUCAAAGGUAUGACAUUUUCAAAUAUCUCACGUCACAAUUUAGCCUCUUCCUCGUGAUCUCUAUAUAUCUUUCACUUUCUUUAUCUAUCUCAUACAUUAUAUCUCAAUGAGAUCAAUCACGGAGGCCGCUCUCAUCCUCCUCCUCCUAGCGGCAGUCCCUGCCGUCUACGCCGUAACUUUCCAAGUCGGAGAUAAUGCUGGUUGGGCCGCUGGUGUCAAUUACACGACUUGGGUUAGUGGAAAGACUUUCAGAGUCGGUGACACUCUAGAGUUCAAAUAUGGUCCAUCUCACUCGGUGUCCGUGGUGGAUAAACCCGACUACGAUGGUUGCGACAGUAGCAGACCGACGCAGAGUUUUUCCGAAAGAGACACAAAGAUCAAUCUUACAAGAGUAGGAACUAUACACUUCAUUUGCCCUACUUUUGGUCAUUGCCUCGGUGGCAUGAAACUCGCUGUUCCCGUACUUGCCGCCGUUUCAUCAGCGCCUUCACCGUCUCCAUCGGCGCCUUCGCCGUCUCCAUCCCCGAAAAACUCAAAAAACGCUAAAAGUGCGGCGUCUAAGGCUAAGAGAAUCAUGAGCUAUGGAAAGAUUGGGGUGACGAUGGUGUUGAUUUACGGUGUGGUCGGAUAAUUCCCGCCCGUCGAACUUAGUCCAUCGUCAACCGCUCUUCUUGUGUGUAAUAAAUUAUUUCCUUUCAUCAAAAUACUUUUUUGUUUAAUGUUUUAUCUUUUCUCUUNUUUUUUUUUUUUUUUUUUUUUUUGUUUUUAACUGGUCAUGGACGUAGCACAAUGCGUCAUUGUGAUCAUGUUCUACAUGCUUACUGCGUAAAGUAAAAUCGUAGCUCAUUACCAAAAAUCUGAGAUUCCACUUUCGUCCGGUGGGUUCUUAAUAAUAUUUGCCUAAUAAA